GGAUCUCUUAUCUCUAGCCACAGGGAUUCCAUCCUUUCUCCCGGAACGCAACUAAAUAGGUUGUUUAGUCUUAGACAGUGGUUUCAACCCCUCUGAGAUCAAAAAUGGGUUUUAACUUCAGCUACCCAAGCAUCAUUUUCUCUUAUUUGCUCAUCUUUUCUAGUUCUCCAUCCUUGUUUUCUUAUGCCACAGACACCUUAACACCCGACCAAUCGAUCAGCGGUGAGCAAACCCUUAAAUCGGCUGGAGACAUCUUCGAGCUCGGAUUCUUCAGCCCUGGGAAUUCAAAGUACCGAUACGUCGGCAUAUGGUAUCAAAGCGUCUCGCCACGGUCCGUCGUCUGGGUCGGUAACCGAGAAGCCCCCCUGAAGAAUUCUUCUGGGAAUUUCACCAUCGGAAGCGAUGGAAACUUGCUGGUGCUCGAUGGAGGAGGCAGCAUCAUAUGGUCUUCGAACUCGUCGGCGGCGUCGAACAAUUCCACUGCACAGCUCCUGGACUCAGGUAACCUCGUUCUCCAGUUGGGCCAUGGAACAGUGCUGUGGGAAAGCUUUAAUCACCCAACUGACACGUUCCUCCCUGGCAUGAAGCUUAGUCUUGACACCAAGACGGGCGAGAGACAGAUCUUCACUUCAUGGAAAAGCCCUGACGACCCUUCAGCUGGGAACUAUUCACUGAGCCUCGACCCCCUUGGGUCGGCGCAGGUCUUCAUGUGGGAAGGAACGGUGCCACGUUGGAGGUCCGGGCAAUGGAAUGGGCAAGUCUUCACGGGUACUACGAUGAGAUUUCUCUAUAUCUAUGGAUUCAAGUUUGUAAACGACUUGAAUCAAGGAAUCAUGUACUUCACUUUCACCCAGUUUAAUAGCUCCCUUCUGAGGUUUGUGUUGCAAUGGGAUGGGGUGGAGAACAGCACGAUACUGGUCGGAGAGACGCAAGAAUGGGAGACCGUCUGGGCGGAGCCCACCAACGAGUGCGAGAUCUACGGCAAGUGUGGGAUCUACGGGGUGUGCAACAAUGGUGAUACGCCGAUCUGUAGCUGCCUCAAAGGGUUCGAGCCGCGCUCGAGCGAGGAAUGGAGUAAAGGAAAUUGGUCAGGAGGGUGUGUUAGAAGAACUCUAUUGGAUUGUCAGUUGAACAGAAGUGGUGAUGGAUUCUUUAGGGUGGCAGGGGUGAAGGUGCCGGACCGUUCACAGUGGGCUUCAACGGUCUUAACUGAAGCAGCAUGUGAAGCAGCUUGUCUGAAUAAUUGCUCCUGUAAGGCUUAUUCAUUUGUUUCUGGUAUUGGAUGUAUGAUAUGGGCGCAUGAUCUGAUAGACAUCUACCAGUACCCUGAAGGGGAUAACGAUCUCUACGUCAAACUCCCAGGAUCUGAAUUAGGAACUGAUAGCAAGAGAUGGAAAAUAAUUGUCACAGUAUCUACCUUGGGGGGGUUCUUUUUGAUCACAUGCAUCUUCUUAGGGUGGAAGUACAAUAAAAGAAUAAAGGAUUGGUUGAAGAUGGGCAGGAAAAAACAUGACUUGUUGCAUAAUAUGCUUUCCAAAAGAGAGGCUAGACCGGACUUCUCAGGGCCAAGUGAGUAUGGAGAGGAAGUGCAGGAAGGAAAAGGGGCCGAGCUUCCCUUGCAUACUUUUGAAUGUAUAUCUAUUGCUACUGAUAAUUUUAGUGAGUCCAAUAAACUUGGAGAAGGAGGAUUUGGCCACGUUUACAAGGGAAUGCUACCUGGAGGUCAAGAAAUAGCUGUGAAAAGACUUUCAAGGAGUUCUGGGCAGGGACUGGAGGAGUUCAAGAACGAAGUCAUACUGAUUGCAAAGUUGCAGCACAGGAAUCUAGUCAGAUUAUUGGGCUAUUGCAUUCAGGGAGAAGAAAAGAUACUAAUAUAUGAGUACAUGCCUAAUGGAAGCUUGGAUGCUUUUCUCUUCCGUCCUGUUAAGCAAGCAUUACUAGAUUGGAUAACACGCUUCAAGAUCAUAGAAGGGAUUGCACGAGGACUCCUUUAUCUUCAUAGGGAUUCAAGGCUACGGAUUGUUCAUCGUGAUCUCAAAGCUAGCAACAUUUUGUUGGAUGAGGAUAUGAACCCCAAAAUAUCUGACUUUGGAAUGGCAAGAAUAUUCGGAGGUGAUCAAAAUCAAGCAAAUACAAAUCGAGUUGUUGGAACACUUGGCUACAUGUCUCCUGAGUAUGCAAUGGAAGGCCUUUUCUCUGUGAAAUCUGAUGUCUAUAGCUUUGGAAUUUUGGUCUUAGAAAUCGUGACAGGCCGAAGGAACAAUUCAUUUCACCAUACAGAGAACUCCCAAAAUAUUGUAGGAUAUGCAUGGCAAUUGUGGAAUGAAGAUAAAGCAGUCGAAUUGAUCGAUCCAUCCAUACGGUCAUCAUGUUCUAUUCGACAGGUGAUUAGAUGCAUACACAUCGGACUCCUGUGUGUACAGGAUCGUGCUAAUGACCGGCCAGACAUACCAACCAUUAUAUUAAUGAUGGCCAGUCAAGCCAUUACCCUCCCAAUGCCUAAACAGCCCACUUACACAUUUGAGGGAAGCCCACAUGAAAGUGAUUCAAUGGCGAACAAAUACGAGUCUUUUAGUACAUCUGAUGUCACAAUCACGAUGCUUCACGGAAGAUAGAAUCCGUGCACAAUUAUCCAUCCAGCCUUGGAAACGAUCACAUUUCAUUCUACGGAGAACUGCCUCGAGAGCUCGUCCGGAGAUAGGAACUACUUGGGAGAAAAUGAACGAGAUCCUAGGCCUUUUUGGAGAAAAUAUUAGGUUGAGGCGGCUCCUCGACAUGGAAUCCGACGCUGCCCUCCGCCGCUGGAGGCGGCUAAGUUGAUGAAUAGUAGCAAAACUCGUCUCUUAAGUCGAGCAGGCAGGUGAUCCAGCGGGUCGAACAGCAGAUUGUCGGUGGUUUUCUUUUCUUUUCUUUUUUUAAUUCUCCGGUGCUGCAAUGGAAAUAAAUUGUUUGUUACCACACAAAGUCAUACAUUCUGUGCAAACUUGUUCAUACUUCCAAAUCCCAACUUUUGUUUUGUGUUCGACCUAUUUGUUAGAAUGUCAUUGAAAUGUAUCAUUAGGGAAUCAAAUUUCAUACUUUUUAAGGAUUUGUUUGGAUUUUUCUAUAUGAUUAGACUAAAAAAUUCU